GGGUGCUGCAGCACCCCCAGCACCCCUACUUCCCGCGGCUAUGUAGAUAGAUAGAUUUAUUAUCUUAUCACAUAAGUUAAAAGUAAAAUCCAGAGAACAACUACAGAUAAUGUGUCCAAAAAAUUAUAAUAAUACAAAAAAAGACUUUCCAUUAUGCCUUAACAGCUAUAUACUGUAAGACAUUGUUCAGGCUGUUAAAAAAGUAUCUUCUGUUUUUUUUGUUAAAUCUCAGUUUUUAGCUUGAGUGGAGCCCUGGUCCAUUAUUUUCAUGGGGAUCUACUUGGUUAAUUGUUAGCCAGUUUUAAUAUACUUUUUAAAAAAGUGUUUCAGCAUUUAGGGCAGCUCAGAGUUUGGUUCCUUAAUGUAGCGCACUUCUCUACAGAUAACAGUACAAAUAAACCGGCAGCCACCCUCUGGUUCCUGGGGCAAGUUAUUUUCCGUUAAUACACUUUAUUUCUGUGUUUCUGUCUGCAGUAAAUACUAUGAGAGGGAGGCUCUGAUGCAUGACAAAGUCUUCGGGCCCAUCCUGGCAGUCCUGCUGGUGGGGCCCUGUGCUCUGGAGUACACCAAACUGAAGACCUCCGAUCACUUCUGGACUGACCCCUCAGCCAACGAGCUAGUUCAGCGCCACCGUAUCCACGGGGCCCAUCGGGGCCAAGACACCCCUGCUGGCCGCCGGCCCGCUCUGGGGAUCCGUAAGAGGCAGUCCAGCGGCAGCAUGUCAGAGGACAGGUUUGCUGCAUCAGCCCGGGAGUACGUGGAGUCUCUGCACCAAAACUCCCGAACACACCUCCUCUACGGCAAGAACAACGUCCUGGUGCAACCGAAGAAGGACAUGGAGGUGUUGCGAGGCUACUUGUCACUCCACCAGGCGGGAGAACACCUCACCCUGAAGUGGACCCCCAACCAGCUCAUCAACGGCACGCUGGGAGAGUGUGACCUGGAGAAGAGUAUCUACUGGGACUACGCACUUACUGUCCCUCUGCGCCAGAUAGUGUGUAUCCACUGCCACCAGCGCCCUGAUUGUGGUGGUACGCUGGUUCUUGUGAGUCAGGAUGGAAUCCAGCGGCCGCCUCUCCACUUCCCCCCCGGCGGUCACCUGCUGGCCUUCCUCUCCUGUCUGGAAACAGGCCUCUUACCCCGGGGUCAGCUGGAGCCCCCACUCUGGUCACAGAAAGGCAAGGGCAAAGUGUUCCCUAAACUGAGGAAGAGGAGCAGCGCUGCUAGACUGCUGGACCAGGACGGGAGCGUGGAGGAGGAGACGGCUGCUGACUACGUGUUCCGCAUCGUCUACCCUGGAUAUCGAACCGAUGCCAUCACUAUAAACUACCACCACACCACGGGCAGCCGCGCUCCGUCGUUGGACGAUGACGAGGAAGAGGAAGAUAGGCUCCAUGCUAUGAUCUCAAUGAUCUGCUCGCGGAACCUCACAGACCCUAAUGUCAUGAAAGGUUUUUAUCACCUUAACACUCCCACCAAACCCACCCCCAACCACUCCUGA